CGAGAGCAUGGGAGGCUGGAUUAGCCACAAGUUGUGGUGAACCAGGGUAAAAUCGGUGUGCCUCUUACUCUUCUCUUUACCUCUCGUUUAUUCAUUUUUGUAUUCCUGCGAUUUUUGAUUAAACGCUAUUCACCCCCCCCCUCUAGCGUUGGUCUACUAUCCUAACAAUUGGUAUCAGGGCCUAACUCGCGUCCAAACUUAACCGUUUGAGAGUAAAGCGAUCAUGGGUUCUUCUUCUAGAAAUCUCUAUGCAGGAAUUGGAGAAGGCCAAUCAACUUCUAGGCCACCACUCUUUGAUGGCACCAACUACUCCUAUUGGAAGGAACGGAUGAGAAUCUAUAUCCGUUCCACCAACUUCCAAUUAUGGCUGGUCAUCAAAAACGGAGAACAAAUCCCUAUGAAGAAAGUAGGAGAAACCACAGUCCCAAAAACCGAGGACGAGUUUGAUGCCGAGGACAUCAAGAAGGUUGAAAACUACGCAAAAGCUAUCAACAUGCUUUAUUGUGCGGUCAACCCCGAUGACUACCGGAAAAUCUCUUGCUGCACAACCGCCAAGGAGAUGUGGGACAAGCUUGAAGUGACGUACGAAGGUACCGAUCAAGUUCGUGAAGCCAAUAUCGAUUUUCUCACCCAGGAGUACAAAAUGUUCCGAAUGAAAGAAGGUGAGAAAAUCGAUGACAUGUUCGACCGGUUCUCAAAGAUCAUCAACGAUCUUCAUGCUCUCAAAAAGACUUACGCCAACAAGGAUCUCGUGAGGAAAAUCCUGCGGAGUCUCACACCCGAAUGGAGGUCAAAAGCCGAUGCAAUCUACGAAUCCAUCGGAGUCUCCAACGUCACCAUCGACGGGCUAAGAGGUAACCUUAAAACCUAUGAAUCUACUAUUCUAACCCCGUCUUUGGAUGAACAAAAGAAGAAGGGGAUAGCUCUCAAAGCCACUAAGGAACCGGUGGAAGAGGCUUCAAGCGAUGAGAACAAUGGAUUCGGGCUCGUCAUCAAGAAGUUCCACAAGUUCAUGAAGAAGGAAUUUGAGCGGAAGGAAAGGAAGCAUGACGGCCCUCCCAAGUGCUACGGCUGUGGCGAGAUUGGCCACAUCAAGCCAAGGUGUCCAAAAGCCAAACACGGCAAGGACAAGCCUGGCUUCAAGAAGCAAAGGGCCUACAUCUCUUGGGGUGGCGAUUUCGGCGACGAAUCAACCGACCAAGAGGAGGACGAAGUUGCAAAUCUCUGCCUCAUGGCGCACGAAGAUCAAAGCGACGACGUCCAAGAGCCUCAUCAAGCCGGCCUUUGGCCGUUCAUCUCCCGGGCUCGAAAGGAGAUCAACCCGGCGCUGAUCGGGGCCUUCUACUCCAACCUCCGGCGUGAGGACGACGUGCUCUACUCGCUUGUCAAGAGCACGCCGAUUGAGCUCACCGUGGAGCAGCUUGGGCGCAUCGCCGGCGGAGAGGACUGGGUGCUCAACAACGAGGGCUUUAUCCUCAACGAACUUAGCAUCACCGAGCUCAAACGCCAUGCCUCGGGCCGCCCAACCAUCCACUCCGCCAACCCCGAAGGCCGUCUCGUUCUCUACAUCGUCUCCCGGAUCAUCAAACCCAGGAAGCACGGCCACACCAUCAUGUCCGGUGAAGACCUCAAGCUCAUCCACGCGAUCAUGCACUCGGCCCCAAUCAAUUGGGCGAAAUUUGUCAUGAUCAACAUGACGAUCGUCUCCUCCACCGAGAACGACCACCUCCUCCCGUACCCGUUUUUGGUGAUGGACAUCCUUGAACGGUUCAAGGUAACCACCACCGUUAGCCCGCUCACGAAGGCCACGAAGAUUUGGACAAUCAGCAACCAAACCUUCAUCAAGCGGUCGGACAACGCCGCGACUGCCACUGCCGCGCCACGCCGCACUGCCACUGCCGCUGGCCCAGCCGAACCCCUGGCCCGGGCCAACCUUGGCUCCAUCGCCGACUCCCUCAACCGGCUCCACCUCAAAGUUGACGGGAUGGGAGGCUACCUUGAACGGCUCGAGGUAGCUGUUCAACGCCAAGGGUACGCCAUGAACGCGUACUUCCAAGGCAUCAACUACGUCCCCCCACCGUACCACGGCAUGUUCCUUGGGCAAGUGUACGGUGACGAAGACGAAGCCGAUGACUCCUACGCCCCGUCAAGCUCCCCGGAUGAAGACGAGUUUGACGAUGCCAUCGAUGGGGAUGAGAUGGACGUCGAUGACGACAAGGAGGAAACCGAAGACGAAGACUAGGACUCCCCUAGAAUUUCUAUCUCUUUUACUUUAAUUAUCUUGUUUUUUUGCUACCGUUAGUUGUACUCCGCUAUUUCCUUUAAUAAAUAAAACCAUAUUUUCUCUUUUUGUUAAUGACAAAAGGGGGAAGAAAAUGACUAUGCAUAU